UUCUUGAUGAUGUCAAUAAGUUGGAACAACUUGAGAAAUUAGCAGGAGAUAAGAAUUGGUUUGGUCCAGGAAGUAGAAUCAUUAUUACAACUAGAGAUCAACAUGUUCUAGAUACCCAUGGGGUAGAAAGAAAUUACGAGGUCCAAGGAUUAAGUCAUGCUGAUGCUCUUCAACUUCUUAGUUGGCAUGCAUUCAAGAAAUCUUAUCCUGAAAAAGGGUAUGAGAAGCUCAUGGAUCGUGUGGUUCAGUACGCCAACGGCCUUCCCUUGGUUCUAGUGGUGUUGGGAUCUCUCCUAUAUCGUAGAAGCAAAGCUGAAUGGGAAAGCACAAUAUGUAAAUUGCAAAGAAGUCUUCAUAAAGAGAUCUAUGAAAUACUUAAAAUAAGCUUUGAUGCACUGGAAGACAAUGAGAAGGCUAUUUUCCUUGAUAUUGCGUGUUUCUUUAACGGAGAAGACAAAGAUUACGUAGCAACAAUUUUGGAAGCAAGCGAUUUUGAUCCAAUAAUUGGAAUACAAGUUCUCAUUGAAAGAUCUUUGGUGGUGCAUGUUGGAUACAAAAAUGAAUUGCAGAUGCAUGACUUGAUACAAUUGAUGGGUAGGAAUAUUGUUCAUCAAGAAUCUCCCAACGAGCCAGGAGAGCGUAGCCGAUUAUGGUCUCAUGAGGAUAUUCUCCAUGUUCUUAUGGAAGAUACGGGAACUAAUACAAUUCAAGGCAUAAAGCUAGAUUUGUUCGGACAAAAAGAUAUUUUGUUGAAUCCUGGAGCCUUUACAAAAAUGAAAAGGCUUAGACUUCUUACAAUCCGUCAUGCACACUUUUCAGAGGGUCCUAAAAGUUUAUCUAAUGAGCUAAGAUUGCUUGAUUGGGCUGGAUACCCGUCACCAUCUCUGCCGUCCAAUUUUCAUCCUCAUAAACUUGUUACUCUCAACAUGAAUAAAAGUAAAAUCAUGCAAUUCGAAGGAAUAAAGGUUUGUGAGAAUUUGAGAAAAUUAAAAUUUUCUUACUGUGAAUACUUGACGUGCACCCCUGAUGUCUCAGCGAUGGCAAAUCUUGAGAGAUUGGAUUUUAGUCGUUGUGACAAUUUAGUUGAGGUUCAUCAAUCUGUUGGAUUUCUAAACAAACUGCGUCAUUUGGAUGUGUGGUAUUGCUCUAAACUCCGACGUCUUCCUAACCUGAAGUUGCCACUUCUUGAAUCCCUACGACUUGGUGUGGGCUGCUCAAGUAUGGAGAAAUUUCCAAAUGUUGUGGGAGAAAUUCCUCGUUUAAAGCAAAUUUAUUUUCAUUCCACUCCCUUUCAAGAACUGCCUUCGUCAGUUAAAUAUCUCAUUGGGCUUGAAAGGAUAGAUAUAUGUGAUUGCAAGAAGCUUAGAGAUCUCCCUAGAAGCAUUUCUAAGUUGCCAUGUCUCCAGUAUCUUUCUCUUCGGGAUUGCACAAACCUUGGAAGGUUUCCAAUUUCUUCGUCGUCAUCGUCUUCGUCAUCAACAAGUUCGGGCUGGCUAGCUUUGUUGCAGAGUAACAAAACUGAAGCUACGGUGCUCUCUAAUGGGUUUCCAGCUUUGAUUGGCUUGGAGAUCACUUACUGUGAGCUAGCUAAAGUUGAUUUCCUCGAGAGUCUUCAUUGCAUUUUCACGCUAAAAUAUUUGGAUCUAUCAGGAAACAAUUUCGUUAGCAUCCCUGCAUGUAUCACUAGAUUUACCAAUUUGAAAACCCUUAGAUUGGAGGAUUGCGAGGGGCUUCGACAAAAGAAUGCAAGUAGUGGUGGAAAAUCCUUCAUCGAUAAUUUACCGAUGAUGUUGCCUAUGUUACAUAGAUUCUGUAGAAAAAUGCAAAUUCUAAUAAAAGUUGGAGCAGGGGAGUUACCAGAAUGGUUUCAGCAUCAAACUAGGGAGAAUGAGAUGUGUUUCCGAAUGCCUCCACCUAAAAAAGCCAAGUUAGCAGGUUUGGUUAUCGGUAUUGUUUUGAAAAUGGAUGCUUUGUCGCCCUGUUUUGACCAUAUCAACGUAUAUAUCAAUGGUCGAAAUGAUAUCGGUGGUCGUUACCGCCCAUAUGACAUAACAUUGGAAUUAGAUGGUGUCAUGUGGCUGUCUUUUUUUCCACGUGGUUACUUGGAGGGGCAAGGUGAGACCAAUUUAGGGGAUUGCAUUCGAGUUUCACUUGAGUUUGAAGGCGAAGGCAAAAUACUGGAUGGGGAUAGAUUUAAUAAAAAAUUGGGAGUCUAUUUUGUAUUCGACAACACGAAUGAUGAUGGUGAUGAUGAUGAUGAUUCAAGGGUGAUCGUUACCUACCAUAGAAGAAAGAAGAAGAAAAGGGUGGAUUAAUUUAUGAUUUAGGGACUUUUCAAAAACAUUCAUUGAGCUUUUUUAUUUUUAAGUAUUAGUGUAAGAAUCUUAUUAUCUGUUUUCCUUA